ACGGUUAGCCCGUAAUACGUGGCCUGCUCCUGGCCUUUCGUGGCCUGCUCCUGGCCUUUCGUGUGGCCUGCUCCUGGCCUUUCGUGGCCUGCUCCUGGCCUUUCGUGGCCUGCUCCUGGCCUUUCGUGGCCUGCUCCUGGCCUUUCGUGGCCUGCUCCUGGCCUUUCGUGGCCUGCUCCUGGCCUUUCGUGGCCUGCUCCUAGCUUUUCGUGGCCUGCUCCUAGCCUUUCGUGGCCUGCUCCUGGCCUUUCGUGGCCUGCUCCUGGCCUUUCGUGGCCUGCUCCUGGCCUUUCGUGGCCUGCUCCUGGCCUUUCGUGGCCUGCUCCUGGCCUUUCGUGGCCUGCUCCUACCUUUCGUGGCCUGCUUGCUCUUGGCCUUUCGUGGCCUGCUCCUGGCCUUUCGUGGCCUGCUCCUGGCCUUUCGUGGCCUGCUCCUGGCCUUUCGUGGCCUGCUCCUGGCCUUUCGUGGCCUGCUCCGGGCCUUUCGUGGCCUGCUCCUGGCCUUUCGUGGCCUGCUCCUGGCCUUUCGUGGCCUGCUCCUGGCCUUUCGUGGCCUGCUUCUGGCCUUUCGUGGCCUGCUCCUGGCCUUUCGUGGCCUGGUCCUGGCCUUUCGUGUGGCCUGCUCCUGGCCUUUCGUGGCCUGCUCCUGGCCUUUCGUGGCCUGCUCCUGGCAUUUCGUGGGCUGCUCCUGGCCUUCGUGGCUGCUCCUGGCCUUUCGUGGCCUUUCGUGGCCUUUCUGGCCUGCUCCUGACCUUUGUGGCCUGCCUCCUGGCCCUUUCGUGGCCUGCUCCUGGCCUUCGUGGGCGCUCCUGCCCUUUCGUCCCCCCCCCCCCACCCCACUGGGACUGCUCCUGGCCUUUCGUGGCCUGCUCCUGGCCUUUCGUGGCCUGCUCCUGGCCUUUCGUGGCCUGCUCCUGGCUUUUCGUGGCCUGCUCCUGGCCUUUCGUGGCCUGGUCCUGGCCUUUCGUGGCCUGCUCCUGGCCUUUCGUGGCCUGCUCCUGGCCUUUCGUGGCCUGCUCCUGGCCUUUCGUGGCCUGCUCCUGGCCUUUCGUGGCCUGCUCCUGGCCUUUCGUGGCCUGCUCCUGACCUUUCGUGGCCUGCUCCUUGCCUUUCGUGGCCUGCUCCUGGCCUUUCGUGGCCUGCUCCUGGCCUUUCGUGGCCUGCUCCUGGCCUUUCGUGGCCUGCUCCUGGCCUUUCGUGGCCUGCUCCUGGCCUUUCGUGGCCUGCUCCUGGCCUUUCGUGGCCUGCUCCUAGCUUUUCGUGGCCUGCUCCUAGCCUUUCGUGGCCUGCUUCUGGCCUUUCGUGGCCUGCUCCUGGCCUUUCGUGGCCUGCUCCUGGCCUUUCGUGGCCUGCUCUUGACCUUUCGUGGCCUGCUCUUGGCCUUUCGUGGCCUGCUCCUGGCCUUUCGUGGCCUGCUCCUGGCCUUUCGUGGCCUGCUCCUGGUCUUUCGUGGCCUGCUCCUGGCCUUUCGUGUCCUGCUCCUGGCCUUUCGUGGCCUGCUCCUGGCCUUUCGUGGCCUGCUCCUGGCCUUUCGUGGCCUGCUCCUGGCCUUUCGCGGCCUGCUCCUGGCCUUUCUGGCCUGCUCCUGGCCUUUCGUGGCCUGCUCCUGGCCUUUCGUGGCCUGCUUCUGGCCUUUCGUGGCCUGCUCCUGGCCUUUCGUGGCCUUUCGUGGCCUGCUCCUGCCUUUUCGUGGCCUGCUCCUGGCCUUUCGUGGCCUGCUCCUGGCCUUUCUUUCGUGGCCUGCUCUUGGCCUUUCGUGGCCUUUCGUGCCGCUCCUGGCCUUUCGUGGCCUGCUCCUGGCCUUUCGUGGCCUGCUCCUGGCCUUUCGUGGCCUUUCGUG